GGUUGGAGUUAAUGAUCAUGAUCAUGAUUGUCUGGCAGUAUUCAGAAAAAGCACUGCCAUUAUGGCAUCAAUACUAUUAUUAACCAAAUCAUUGGUUAAAAGACCAAAUCAGCUUCGAAGAGUUGUAGAGUUAUGGAGUAAUCCUUAUGAAGAUAAUAAUAUCAAUAAUUUGAAACCUAGAUUUUAUAAUUUUCAAAAUUAA